GGAUGUUCGAGUAUUCGUAUUUUAUCGUUCAUGGCAGACGUUUUCGUCUCGUUUCUUUUAGUUUGUAAGUUCGUUUUACGUCUAUAUUAUGGCGUUUAUUAUAUAAAUAAAUCGAUAAAAUGAACGUGCGUUGUAUUUAAUAUCGUUUCUAUAAAUCGUACUAUCGAAGAAAAGAUCCACGAACGUAUAUACCCCCCUCUGUUGCACAACAGUACCUACUACCUACUAUCAAAUUUAGUAAACCAUUCUCUUUACAUAAAAAAUCAUAAAUCUAUGUCUCAAUGGAUUUUUAUUCGUUAUGAACUCGUGAUUUCAAAAUUUGUAGUAUGUUGAAGUAGAUUACCAUUAAUUUCUACCUAUUCUUGUUACAAUUUUGCACAUCAUAACAACGCUAAUCCAUCGUCCAUAAUCAUGACGGUAUCAGAAGAUACGAAAAUGACGAUCGAUUGGUAUAUGUUUUCAAUAAUCUCAACUUUAAUAUUCAUCGGAGAAUUUUCUACAGAUAUACUAGUAAAGUUUUUGGCAUUCUUUUGCAAGAAAUCGCAGUUGCAGAACGAUUUAGAAAGAGAAAUAACCGAUAUUAAAGUGAAAAUGGAUGCUAUAUCUAUGGUCGAUGAAUUCGCCAAGUAUGCUAAACUGCAAAGGAAAUUGAAUCGUUUGCAACAGGAUUUUAAAGUUGAAAGUAAAGAAAAUAAAGAAUUAUUCAGCAGUAUGAAAUAUAUCACACAAUUUGCUGCGGAUUUAUUUUUUAAUGGUAUCUGUUUCUACAUCAUAUAUAGUAAUCUGAAUACGCCACUUUUGCACGUAAAUCCUCAAUGGUUCACACCUUUCAACGGUGUGAUUGGAUGGCCGAGUGAUAAAGCAGGCGAUAUGGGAAUUCUAUUUUGGUACAUAGUGGCAAAAAAUGUGAUGAAGAAAAUUCGUUCUCAGGUUUCACGCGAACAGAAUUCGACCAAUUCGUUAUUGGUGAGAUUGUAAACCAAGUUAUUUUCUUCGAACUGAAAAUAAUAAUUUGGUCACGAGAGGAUGACUUUAAUAAUCGGUCAAUAUUUUUCCAUCAAUUGAUUAAUUUAUCCCAUGUUUGAAAAUGUAUUGUUAAUUUUUAUGGAUGUGUUUGUUCGCUUUUCACAAUGUGAGCUAAUUUUGGGUUUUUGGUGUUAUCUUUUCAUUCUUUUGUGUCCGAUUUUUCUGUCAACAUUCGGUAUGCCAUGGUAUAUUGUGAUCGUCUCGAACGAUUCUUUUAAUUACUGUAAUACGAGUUCGGGAAAGGAUUAGAUUGGUUUGGUUCUUCUCUAUGUUUUAAUUCGGUGUUUUUUUUUUGUUGAUGAUGUAAGAAAAUAUCAUCAUUGAUUCGAUUUAUUUUACUGAUGUACCUAUUUUUGUGAAACGUGCAUUUUGUGUCUUUUUUAUUUUUGAAGUUGUUUAUUUUAUCUUUUUUUUUUUUCGUCUGAAGGUUCAAAACCGAGUUUUAUUAACAUAAUAUUGUUGAACUGUGAUCCUAUAUUGUAUCGCUUUAUAUUGAUAAUUUUUUCAUCUUUAAUGAACCCGCGUGUGUGAAUUAUUUUUGUUUUGUAUUCCGUUCAUUCGUAAGAACAUUGUAACGAAUAAAAAAUUGAAUGUAUUAAACGUAUUUUGAAAGAAAAAA